AUGGCCAUCUCCAAGAAGGCCGGCGCCAAAAGGGCAGGCGCCGCCGCCUCCAAACCACCGCCAUCCAAGUCCGCCGGCGGCGUCGCAAAGGCAGACUGGCGCGAAGGUUUCAAAAAGGCUCAGGCGGGCGUCUCGGACAUGACGCUCCUCUCCAAGGUCACCAACGAGGCCAUCAACGACAACCUCCAGAAGCGUUUCCAGAAUGCAGAGAUCUACACCUACAUCGGCAACGUGCUCAUCUCGGUCAACCCCUUCCGCGACCUCGGCAUCUACUCGGAACCCAUCCUCCAGUCCUACCGCGGCAAGAACCGUCUCGAGAUGACGCCGCACGUAUUCGCCAUCGCAGAGGGCGCCUACUACAACAUGAACGCCUACAAGGAAAACCAGUGCGUCAUCAUCUCGGGCGAGUCCGGCGCAGGCAAGACGGAGGCCGCCAAGCGCAUCAUGCAGUACAUCGCUGCCGUCAGCGGCGGCUCCAACUCGGGCAUCCAGGACGUCAAGGACAUGGUGCUCGCCACCAACCCGCUGCUCGAGAGCUUCGGCUGUGCAAAGACGCUCCGCAACAACAACUCGUCGCGCCACGGCAAGUACCUCGAGAUCAUGUUCAACGCACAGGGCGAGCCCAUCGGCGCCAACAUCACAAACUACCUCCUCGAGAAGAACCGCGUCGUCCAGCAGAUCCGCGACGAACGCAACUUCCACAUCUUUUACCAGUUCACCAAGGCCGCCUCCGCCGCCCACCGCGAAAACUACGGCAUCCAGGGCCCCGAAGCCUACGCAUACACCGCCAACUCCCACUGCCUCGACGUCAACGGCAUCGACGACCACGCCGACUACCGCGAAACCAUCAACGCCAUGAACACCAUCGGCCUCUCCCAAGACGAGCAGGACAACAUCUUCCGCAUGAUCGCCGCCAUCCUCUGGAUCGGCAACGUCCAGUACGUCGAGAACGAAGAGGGCAACGCCCAGAUCGCAGACGCCGCCGUCCCCGACUUUGUCGCCUACCUCCUCGAGGUCGACGCCGGCAACGUCACAAAGGCGCUCACCCAGCGCAUCAUGGAGACCCAGCGCGGCGGUCGCAGAGGCUCCGUCUACGAGGUGCCCCUCAACCCCACCCAGGCCGCCGCCACGCGCGACGCGCUCGCCAAGGCCAUCUACAACAACAUGUUUGACUGGAUCGUAGACCGCAUCAACCAGUCCAUGAAGCCGCGCGCAGACUCGGCCAACGUCAUCGGCGUGCUCGACAUCUACGGAUUCGAGAUCUUUGACAACAACUCGUUCGAGCAGCUCUGCAUCAACUACGUCAACGAAAAGCUCCAGCAGAUCUUUAUCGAGCUCACGCUCAAAAAGGAGCAGGAGGAGUACGCCUACGAGCAGAUCCAGUGGACGCCCAUCAAGUACUUUAACAACAAGAUCGUCUGCGACCUCAUCGAGGAGAAGCGUCCGCCCGGCAUCUUUUCCGCCCUCAACGACGCCUGCGCCACCGCCCACGCCGAUCCCACCGCUGCCGACAACUCGUUCAUCCAGCGCACCGGCAUGCUCUCGUCCAAUCCGCACUUCGACUCGCGCGGCACCAAGUUCCUCAUCAAGCACUACGCCGGCGACGUCAUGUACAACGUGCAGGGCAUGACCGACAAGAACAAGGACUCGCUGCUCAAGGACAUCCUCGACCUCGUCGACUCGAGCGCAAACUCGUACCUCCAGAAGCUCUUCCCCGACCGUCCCGAUCCCAACUCCAAGAAGCGUCCGCCGACCGCAGGCGACCGCAUCAAGGCGAGCGCAAACGCCCUCGUCGAGAACCUCAUGCGUGCACAGCCGUCGUACAUCCGCACCAUCAAGCCCAACCAGAACAAGAGCCCCACCGAAUACGACACCCAGGCCAUCCUCCACCAGAUCAAGUACCUCGGUCUCCAGGAGAACAUCCGCGUGCGACGUGCCGGCUUUGCGUACAGGAACACAUUCGAAAAGAUGGUCGAGCGCUUCUACCUUCUCUCGCCCAACACCUCGUAUGCGGGAGAGUACACGUGGCAGGGCGACGCACGCAGCGGAUGCGAGCGCAUCCUCACCGACACGGGCAUCGCACGCGAAGAGUGGCAGAUGGGCGUCACCAAGGCGUUUAUCAAGAAUCCCGAGACGCUGUUUGCGCUCGAGACCAUGCGCGACCGAUACUGGCACAACAUGGCGAUGCGCAUCCAGCGCGCCUACCGCAACUACCUCCGCUACAAGGAGGAGUGCGCACGCCGCAUCCAGCGCAUGUGGAAGAACAACAAGGAGGGACUCGCGUACAUCCAGCUGCGCGACUAUGGCCACCAGGUGCUCGCCGGGCGCAAGGAGCGCAGACGCUUCAGUCUGAUCGGCUCGCGACGCUUCAUGGGCGACUAUCUCGACGUCGGAGGAUCCAACGGCAAGGGUGGAGGAAGCGCAGAGGGUCAGAUGCUCCGACAGGCUUCCGGCAUGGGUGCGGGCGAGAGCGUGGCGUUCAGCAGCCGCAUCCAGCUGCUCGUGUCGCGUCUGGGCCGUUCGAGCGUGCGCAGUCCGCGCUUCCUGAUCCUUACCGACAAGGCGAUUUACGUGCUGGUGACGCAGAUGAUCAACAAGCAGGUGCAGACGACGUGCGAGCGGCGCAUCAACCUGGGUGCCAUCUCGGCGGUGGGGCUGUCCAACCUGCGCGACGACUGGGUGGUGCUCAACGUGACCAACGCCGAGGAGGCCGAUCCUGUCUUCCACUGCCACUUUAAGACCGAGCUGGUGACGCAUCUGCUGCAGCGCACCAACGGCGCCAUCAACGUCGUCAUCUCGGCCACGCUCGAGUUCUCCAAGAAGAAGGACAAGAAGGCGCACAUCACGUUCAAGAAGGACGAGACGGUCAAGAAGGACGACGUGUACAAGAGCAGCACCGUGUCGGUGUGCACGGGCGAGCCGGCCAACAGCGUGUCCAAGCCGGCGCCCAAGAAGAAGCCGGGUCUUGUGAGGCCGAUUACGCAGGGCAAGUUGCUGCGUGCAGGUGGGCCGACGAAUGCGAACAACAAGCCCAAGCCUCGCGCCAUCCCGCGUGCGACGCCUGCUGCGACCAAGCUGCCUAACAGUGCUGGUGCGGCCAAACUGCCUAUCAGUGGCGGAGCGGUUGCGGCUGCGCGCUCGGGACCGCCGCCUCCUCCGCCACCGCCUGCGGCUGCGCCGGUCGAGGUGCCGCAGGUGCCGCGCUACAAGGCGCUGUAUGCCUUUGCCACCGACAACGCCGGCGAGAUGGCGCUGGACAAGGACGACGUCGUGGAGGUCACGCAGAAGGACGAGACGGGCUCCGGCUGGUGGCUGGUCAAGAAGAACGGCGUCGAAGGCUGGGCGCCCUCGAACUAUCUCGAGCUCAUGCCGCAGGCACCGCCCAAGCCCAAGGCGGCGCCGGCUCCGCCCGUGAAGCGUGCACCGCCUCCUGCACCCGCAGCGAGUUCGGGCGCAUCGACGCCGACGAGCAAACCGGCGGUGGCGGCCAAGCCUGCGUUUGGGGGUGGAGCGGCUGCGCCCGUGAUGCAGCCCAAGCCGGUGGUGAGGACGACACCGGCGGGCGCAAAGCCGCACGAGAGACCUACGGCGGUGCAGCCCGAUGCGGGUGCAGCGCCGGUGGCGGUCAUGCCGGGCCUGGGUGCUCCUGGUGGCUUCGCGGCGGUGCUUGCCAAGAAGAAGGCGGAAAAUGCGGCAGCUGCGGCGGCCAGGAAUGGCGCCAACGGCGGUGGGAGCGGCGCAAGCACGCCUCCGCCCGUAGCCGCCAAGCCGCCAGUGGCGCCCAAACCGGCGGCGAACGGCAGGGCCAUGCCGCCCCCGCCGCCGAGGAGGUAG